AUGGUGGAAGAGAACUCGAAAGCGCCGGAAAAGUCCGUUCAAGAUUCUACUAAAUCUCAAAUACCGACCAAAGAUGGUGGGGCCGCUAACAAGAACAGUGCGGUUAAGGAAGCAGAAGAAGAACUUUCAGAAGAGGAUCUUAAACUGAAGAACAAUUUGGAAACUCUGGUGGAGAGGUUACUGGAGGACGAUACAACGCUUUAUGAGCCUUCCCUUGCUCAGUUAAAGGAACUGGUGCGCGAUUCUACUAGUUCAAUGACAGCUGUUCCCAAGCCGUUGAAAUUUUUACGUCCAUUCUAUCCACAGAUGUGUGAGGUCUUCGACAAAUGGAAUGAUGCGAAGCUCAAAUCGAUCAUGGCGGACACGCUUUCGGUUUUGGCGAUGACUUACUCUGAUGAGGCCAAGCGGGAUUCGUUGCGCUUCAGGCUUCUUUCUGAGGAGAAAGAUGUCGCCAGCUGGGGUCACGAAUAUGUGCGCCAUUUGGCUCUAGAGAUUGGAGACGUGUACAACGAACAAGUCGAAAAAGAAGCUGGGGAUUCGUCAGAACCUUCUCCUGAACCAGCAGCCACGGGUUCUAAGGGACCCCUCAAUGUGUCAAAGGAAGCUCUUGUUCAUCUGUCCCUUGAGAUUGUGCCAUAUUUUUUGAAGCACAAUGGCGAAGCUGACGCUGUCGAUUUGCUUCUGGAAAUUGAAUCUAUUGAUAAGCUUCCUCAAUUCAUUGACGAAAACACAUUUCACCGCGUUUGUCAGUAUAUGAUCGCGUGUGUUCCUCUAUUACCACCUCCAGAUGAUGUCUUCUUUCUACAGACGGCUUAUUCCAUAUACUUGAGUGAGCUGCAGCUGACAGAGGCACUCGCUUUGGCCAUCAGAUUAGAUGACGAAUCUUUAAUAAGGGCUGUAUUUGAUGCUACGUCCGACCAGGUUGUUCACAAGCAGCUUGCGUACAUUCUUUCGGCUCAAAAGUCAUCUUUUGAAUACGAAGGCGUUCAGGACGUAAUUGGCAACACUAAGCUAUCAGAACACUUUCUGUAUUUGGCUAAGGAACUUAACCUCACAGUACCAAAAGUUCCUGAAGACAUAUACAAGAGUCACUUGGAUAGCUCAUCAAAGGGAGUAUUUGCAGGGACUGGUCUAGAUUCUGCACAGCAAAACCUUGCUGCAUCCUUCGUUAAUGGCUUCCUGAAUUUGGGUUAUUCUAGCGAUAAGCUAAUUGUUGGUGAUGACAACUGGGUUUACAAAACUAAAGGUGACGGAAUGACGUCCACUGUCGCCAGUAUCGGAUCCAUUUAUCAGUGGAACUUGGAUGGUUUGCAACAGUUAGACAAGUAUCUCUAUGUUGACGAACCUGAAGUGAAGGCUGGAGCUUUAUUGGGUAUUGGUAUAUCCGCUUCUGGCGUGCAUGACGGUGAAGUUGAACCCGCAAUGCUGUUGCUACAAGACUACGUGACGAAUCCUGACCAAAAGUUAAGUUCUGCGGCUAUUCUAGGUCUUGGAAUUGCUUUUGCUGGAAGCAGAAAUGAUGAGCUAUUAGGUCUUCUACUUCCAAUAGCUGCUGACACGAACUUACCAAUUGAAACGUCCGCCAUGGCUUCCCUUGCUUUGGCUCAUGCCUUCAUAGGUACUUGUAACGGAGAUGUUACGACUGCAGUCGUUGACAAUUUGCUUGAACGCACUGCCUCAGAGCUUAAGACUGAAUGGACUAGAUUUUUGACGCUGGCUUUAGGGAUUUUAUAUCUAGGUCAAGGUGACCAAGUUGAAGAUGUUAUCGAAACCAUCUCUGCUAUAGAUCACCCCAUCACAUCUGCCAUCGAGGUUUUGAUAAAUGUCUGUGCCUUCACAGGUACCGGUGAUGUCUUGCUCAUCCAAGAUCUUUUACAUCGUUUGACUCCGAAAGAAAAGAAGGAGGAGGAAGAGGAAGAUGAUGAUGAAGAGGAAGUCGCUGAGUUGGAAGACGCAGUCGAGCAAGAAAUUGCUGAUUCGUUGAAUUCCUUAAAAAAAGGAGAAGCCGAUAAUGACGGCGACGAAAAGAUGGACGUCGGUGAAGAGUCUCAAAAGGACGGUGACAAGGCACCAGAAGGCGAAGAAGCCAAGAGCAAGGAAGAAGAAAAAAAGACUCAGGAAGAAGAAGAAAAAGAAUAUGCUCUCAUCGAUGAGCUCACCUACGCCGUCCUAGGUAUUGCCAUGAUCUCUAUGGGUGAAGAGAUAGGUAAAGAGAUGUCUCUGCGCCAUUUCAGUCAUUUAAUGCAUUACGGUAACGAUCAAAUCAGAAAAACCGUUCCUCUAGCCAUAGGUUUGCUUUCGGUUUCAGAUCCCCAAGUGAAAAUCUUUGACACUCUCUCGAGGUCGUCUCACGAUCCUGACCUAGACGUUUCAAUGAACUCUAUCUUUGCAAUGGGCCUCACAGGUGCAGGUACAAACAACGCCAGAUUGGCACAGCUGCUAAGACAACUAGCUGGUUACUAUUCCCGCGAACAAAACGCUUUGUUUAUAACCAGAUUGUCACAAGGUUUGGUACAUAUGGGGAAGGGAACAAUGACUUUCGAUAUCCUCAACGAUGCUCAAGUCUUGAACAAGGUCACCUUAGCGUCCUUACUCACAGUUUUGGUCGGAUUAGUAACACCUUCCUUCAUGUUAGAACAUCACUACCUGUUCUACUACCUCAACAGUGGUGUUAGGCCGAAGUACAUUUUGACCGUGAACGAAGAAGGUGAACCUAUCAAGGUAAACGUGAGAGUAGGCCAGGCUGUGGACACGGUCGGACAAGCAGGUAAACCUAAGACUAUCACAGGUUGGAUAACUCAUUCUACACCAGUACUGCUGGGACACGGUGAAAGGGCAGAACUUGAGACUAAUGAGUAUAUUACUUAUGCCAGUCGCCUUGAAGGUGUUGUCAUUCUAAAAAAGAACCCAGACUACCGUGAAGAAGAAUAA